GCGUGAAGAAAUCAAGCUUCGAAUAAGGACGUGGCGCGGGUGUUUGGGGAAAUGGGCUCAGACAACAAGAACAAGAUACAACAGUAACUUUGACGACAGAUGGCGGCCUCAUCCAUGGCUACUUCGACGGAGCAGAUGGCGAUGGAGGCGGUGUCUAUGCACGAUGCUAUCGCUGCCGCUGCCCUUGGAGAGGAGGGAGCAGCGCUGGAGAUUGUGCGGUUGUAUAAGCGACAGAUGGAGGAGMUCUACAUUAYRCUUAUUCAACAUCGACAUAAUCUAUCGRCGGAUCUUCUUGAGGAGGGCGAGGAGCUGGUUGCUGGUUGGGAGGAGGACCUCCAUGCAGAUCUCCCAUCUCAAUGGCAGGGCGCGACUGAAAAUGAGCAGGUGAUGGCGGAAUUGGGUGGUUGUGUUGAAGUGAUGACGAAAGUGAAAGGAAUAUUUGAGGAACUAAGGGAGGGGUUGUAUGGGAGUACGAGGUGUGAUGAUGUGAAAGGGUGUUGCUGCGCAGGGCCUGAGGAGRGGCAGGUGUUGUGCGCURCGACACAGGAUCGUUCGUGCGAAGUGGAGAUUGAUACUCGKCGUGGAAGGCUYRAGGAGGGGCAGGGCUUUUGCGGCKAAAUGUUGAAGAGUGACAACAACAACGCAUGCACGAUUGGAAGUUAUGUCACCACCGACUCUACCAUCGAUUGCAAUGACAUCGUCGGCGACUAUACCCGCAACGCCAUCGACAACAACGAUGAUCGCUAUUUUGGUGACGUGGCUCUUACCGGCGCUGACAAUAACAACGGAAAUGAUGCUGGCAACAUCAGCGCCGGUAACAGCGAUGACAACAUCAGAGCUCAUGACAACUACAACAACAACAACAACAACAACAACAACAACAACAACAACAACAACAACAACAACAGCGAAGAAGGUGAUCGUUAUACAUGCUCUCAAGACAGCCAGGGCGCCAGCAAUGGUGUCGUUGCUUUUACUGGCGCUGUCAAUAACAACGGAUAUAGCGAUGAUAACAUCAGGGAUCACGACAACAACAACAACAACAACAACAAUAACAGCGAAGAAGAUGACCUCCGUGCAUGCUUUCAAGACAGCUGGCGCCAGCCACGGCGCCAGCGAUGUAAGUAAUAACUUCGAUUCUGAUGGGGGCGUUUGUAAAGAAGGGCAGGAUUUUCCCACGAUCUUUGUUUUUUUUGGGAGAGGUAAGCCUGCUGGGGGGGGGGGGUCUUUGGGCAUGCUCAUGAUGACUUGGGGUUCCCCGAGUGGGCGGGUUAGGGUAGUGGUUUGGGACUUUCGGUGCGCCCGGAAUAUUGCGGAUCUCUCGCCAUGGGAUUCGGUUGGGGUUGGGGGGAGGGUUGGGGGCAGUGCUGUUGGGAAGGUCUCGCAUGCAACUAUGAGAAUGUGGAAUCAGCACGAGUGGGGGUGGGAUAGGAGGGAUAAAGGGUGGUAAACUAU